AUGACAUGUGCGCGAGCCGCCCGUGGUGGUCACUUUGAAUGCCUAAAAUAUGCCCAUGAUAAAGGCUGUCCAUGGGACCAACGAACUUGUCAAAAUGCUGCAAAACGUGGGAACAUUGAAAUCCUUAGGUAUGCUCACGAGAAGGGUUGUCCAUGGGAUCGACAAACGUGCUUGAAUGCUGGCGGUGGUGGGCAUUUGAAUGUCCUAAAAUAUGCUCACGAGAAUGGUUGUCCAUGGGAUGAACAAACGUGCUCUGAUGCUGCUGGUAGUGGGCAUUUGGAUGUCCUAAAAUAUGCUCAUGAGAAUGGUUGUCCAUGGGAUGAACAAACGUGCUGUGAUGCUGCUGGCGGUGGGCAUUUGGAUGUCCUAAAAUAUACUCAUGAAAAUGGAUGCCCAUGGGAUGAACACACAUGCCACUAUGCUGCUAAUUUUGGUCACCUGGAUGUGCUCAAGUAUGCCCAUGAAAAUGGAUGCCCUUGGGAUGAAUGGACGUGCACCAGAGCUGCAAGGAGUAGUCUCAAAAUUCUUGUGUAUGCUCGUGACAAUGGCUGCCCUUGGGAUGAAGAGACGUGUUCUUAUGCUGCUUGUUAUGGGCAUUUGGAUGUCCUAAAAUAUGCUCGUGAGAAUGGUUGUCCAUGGGAUGAAGAAACAUGUUCUGAUGCUGCUUUUGACGGGCAGUUGGAUGCCCUAAAAUAUGCUCAUGAGAAUGGUUGUCCAUGGGGUGAACUCACAUGUUCUUAUGCUGCUCGUGGUGGGCAUUUGGAUAUCCUGAAAUAUGCCCAUGAAAAUGGCUGUCCUUGGAAUGUGGACACUUGCAGCAAAGCUGCUGAACAGGGUCACCUGGAUUGUCUUCAGUAUGCCCAUGAAAAUGGAUGCCCCUGGGACCGCUCAACAUGGAAAUCUGCCAAGAAAAGCCAAAUUCCCAAAAUAAUAAAAUAUCUCGGCGACAAUGGAUUCCCUGCAGGGGGUGGUUACGACGACAGGCAUUAG